UGGCAUUUUGUGGUGUAGUUUUUGUGGAAUUGGAUAGAGAUAUUGAUAGAGUGAAUGUGAGACAUGAAAGUUUUCUCAGAGAAGCCAAAAGUGAUAUUGGUUCCAUAUCCAGCUCAGGGCCACGUCACUCCCAUGCUCAUGCUCGCCACUGCCUUUCAUCGCCAUGGCUUCCUCCCCAUCCUCCUCACUCCCAACUACAUCCAUCGCCAAAUUUCAUCCCCUACCCAUCAACAUAUUCUCUUCAUUUCCAUACCAGCCGACGGUCUCGACGACGACACGCAGCGUGACUUCUUCGCCGUCGAGACCGUCCUAGAAACCGCCAUGCCAGCCCACCUCAAGCGGCUUCUCGGCGACCUCGGCGGCGGCGUUGCUGGUAUGGUGGUGGAUUUGCUUGCUUCGUCGGCCAUCAGAGUCGGAAGAGAGCUCGGAGUGCCGGUGGCCGGGUUUUGGCCGGCCAUGUUCGCCACCUAUCGCUUGAUUUCUGCUAUUCCUAACAUGGUCCAAAACGGCUUUAUUUCUUCUCAUACAGGAAGUCCAGUAGAGGGGGGAUCAAAACGGCGCGUUCCGAACGAGCCGCUGCUAUCGGCUGAAGAACUGCCAUGGCUGAUCGGAACUUCGUCGGCAAGAAAAGGGAGGUUCGAAUUCUGGAUCAGAACCAUGGCUCGAGCCAAGUCCCUGAAAUGGCUCCUCGUAAAUUCCUUCCCGGAAGUAGAAGAGCUGAUCCCCACGCCCAAAAGUAGCUCCGGCGCCGCCGUGUUUCUGGUCGGGCCUCUGAGCCGCCACUCGAGUCCGGCCAAAACGCCCACAUUCUGGGAAGAAGACGGCAGCUGCCUGCAGUGGCUGGAGAAACAGAGCUCUGACUCGGUGGUGUACAUCUCGUUCGGCAGCUGGGUCAGCCCAAUCGGUGAAUCCAAAGUGAGAAGCUUGGCCAUGGCGCUUCUCGCCCUCCGAACCCCAUUCAUCUGGGUUCUCAGACCCAAUUGGCGACAUGGCUUGCCCAUUGGCUUCACUCACAAGGUUGGGAGCUAUGGGAGACUAGUAUCUUGGGCUCCUCAAAGGGAGAUUUUGAGGCACAGAGCGGUCGGUUGUUAUCUGACUCACUGCGGGUGGAACUCGAUCAUGGAGGCGAUAGAGUGCCGGAAGCGGCUGCUGUGUUUUCCGGUGGCCGGCGACCAGUUUCUCAACUGUGGAUAUGUGGUGAAAGUGUGGAGGAUUGGGUUGAAGCUGAAUGGAUUUGGAGAGAAAGAGGUUGAGGAAGGAGUGAGGAAAGUGAUGGAGGGAGAUGAGAUGAAGGAGAGGCUGAUGAAGCUUCAUGAGAGGGCAAUGGGAGAGGAGGCCAAUUGCACAAUCAACUCCAACUUUACAGCCUUCACUAAUGAUCUCAACAUCGACACACAAAAGCUUCCCACUAAAGUUCAACCUCCCAUCAAUAUGUAAAUAUUAUUGUUGUUUAAAAGUGCUUUUUGAAAAGAUUUGAAUCAUUUCUUGUCUCCCUUAGAAGCACUUUCUACUCAAA